UAGUAUCGCAAUGCAUUGUGGGUUCUUUUUGAUCAAGGGUGAGCUCGUAAGCACGUUAGCAAGAUGUCCUUAGUAAUCCCGGAGAAGUUUCAGCACAUUCUUCGUAUUUUAAAUACGAAUAUUGAUGGUCGCCGUCAUAUCGCAUUCGCCUUGACCGCCAUCAAGGGAAUCGGCCGCAGGUUUAGCACUCUGGUGUGCAAAAAAGCCGACGUUGAUCUUACGAAACGCGCCGGGGAGCUUUCCGAUGAUGAGAUUGAUCGCAUCGUCACGAUCAUGCAAAACCCUCGCCAGUACAAGAUUCCCGACUGGUUUUUGAAUAGACAAAAGGAUGUUCGUGAUGGCAAGUUUGGUCAAAUUCUUUCCAACCAGCUUGACAACAAACUUCGUGAAGACAUCGAACGUUUGAAGAAGAUUCGUGCUCACAGGGGUUUGCGACACUACUGGGGCCUCCGUGUUCGAGGCCAACACACCAAAACCACAGGACGGCGUGGUCGAACUGUUGGUGUGUCAAAGAAGAAGUAAAUUUCUGAACUCAAUUUUCACAAUUGUGCAACAUGCAGAUAUAUACAACUAGACAUUUGUUGGGUUUUAUUUAACUGUGCUGCUUUUGUUCAAUAACACUGCUAUAGCAUGUUUAGUAAGUUGAUUUGCAUACUUUGGUAUACUAAUGUUACUUGCAGUUUAUUGUGUUGCGCCAAACAAUAUUAAUCUUACAUUUGAAAAGUUUAAAAUCUGCAUUUUGCUUUUUGUGUUUCAGA